AGAAAACAGUCCCCGCCCCUCUUCUCAUCUCGUCUGCUAUUGGUUGGAACGAAUAGUGACGUCAUCUACACCCGACACCCACACCAGAGUGCGACGCAGAAAUUGUUGGACGCCGCGAAAACAACUUUGUUAUUAUUUCAAUCGCCAUGGCGACCGAGCUCGUGGAAAAGGCGGCUGAGGAUCCGUUGCAGGCGGGUAAAGUUGGCACCAGAUUUGACCUGGAGAAGGAGACUGAGCUUCGCUUUGAGGUGGAAGCGGGAGAGGCCGCAGACCAGGUGGAGCUGGAGCUCCUCACAGGCAUGGCGGAGGUGUUCGGCUCCGAGCUGAACCGAAACAAGAAGUACGCCUUCGGGCCAGGUGCCAAGAUUGCCGUGUUCACCUGGCAUGGCUGCAGUGUCAACCUGUAUGGGAAGCCCGAGGUGGCCUACGUGUCCAAAGAUACUCCCAUGCUGCUCUACCUGAACACGCACGCCGCGCUGGAACAGAUGAGAAAGCAAGCGGAGCGAGACAAAGAGAGAGGGCCGAGGGUGAUGGUGGUGGGACCGACAGACGUGGGCAAGUCCACCGUGUGUCGACUGCUACUGAGCUACGCGGUGAGAGUGGGCAGGAGGCCCACGCUGGUGGAACUGGAUGUCGGCCAAAGCGGGGUGUCAGUGCCUGGGACGGUGGCUGCACUGUGCAUUGAGCGUCCAGCAGAUGUGGAGGAGGGAUUCUCCGUCCAGGCUCCUUUGGUCUACCACUUUGGCUCCACCUCUCCCGGGACCAACAUCAAACUUUACAAUAAACUGACGUCGUGCCUCGCCGACGUCUUCUCCCAGCGCUGCGAGGUGAACAGGAAGGCCAGCGUGGGCGGUUGCAUCAUCAACACGUGCGGCUGGGUGAAGGGAUCCGGGUACCAGGCCCUGGUCCACUGCGCCUCCGCCUUCGAGGUGGACGUGGUGCUGGUGCUGGACCACGAGAGGCUCUACAACGAGCUCAAGCGAGACCUCCCUCACUUUGUCCGCGUGGUGCUCCUGCCCAAGUCCGGCGGCGUGGUGGAGCGCUCCAAAGAGUGCCGGAGGGAGACCCGGGACGAGAAGAUCCGGGAGUACUUCUACGGUUUCCGGGGCGUCUCCUUCUACCCGUUCUCAUACGAGGUGCGUUUCUCCGACGUCCGCAUCUAUAAAAUCGGCGCGCCGUCCAUCCCGGACUCGUGCCUGCCGCUGGGGAUGUCCCAGGACGACACCCAGCUGAAGCUGGUGCCGGUGACGCCGGGGAGAGACCUCACCUACCACGUGCUCAGCGUCAGCAGCGCGGAGGACGGAGACGAGGCGGCCAGGAAGGGCAUCGUGGAGAGCCCGGUGUGUGGCUUCAUCGUGGUCACCAAUGUGGACACCCAGGCGCAGGUGAUGAAGGUGCUGUCUCCGGCACCGAGACCCCUGCCCAGGCACACCCUGCUCAUCAUGGACAUCCGCUUCAUGGACACCAAAUGAGGUGGGGGAAAAAACAUACAGACCAAAUUAGGAAAGGAUUCUGAUUUAUUUUCCGUUUUAUAGACCAGAUCGUACCUGUUUUUGAUAAGGAGUAUUUUAUGACUUCAUCACGGCGCCCACUUUUAUUGCCGUUUUUCCUCAUCUAUUUGAGAAGAAACUAAUCAUGUUGUCUUUUGAACUCACGGUGUCGCUACGUUCUUGUGUUUGGGUGCCCUGCCACGUCCUCGAGAAACACGCACGAUGGGUCAAAUGGAGACUAAAUCGUCCAUUGGCGUGGAUGUGAUUGAAUGGCGAGCAGUCCAGGCCGGAACCCGCCGCUCUCAAUCCAAGUCAGCUGGGAAGGUCUCCGUCUGACAUGUGACUAAUAAAGACAAGCUGUAUGGAAAAUGGAUGGCUAGAGCAGUGUUUUUCAACCUUUUUUGAGCCAAGGCACAUUUAUUGCAUCUAUCUUCAACAGCUUAUCCGGAAUCGGGUCGCGGGGACAACAGCUCCAGCAGAGACCCCCAGACUUCCCUCUCCAGAGCAACAUUAGCAACUUCCUCCUGGGGGAUCCCGAAGCGUUCCCAAGCCAGAGAGGAGAUGUAAUCCCCCCAUCUGGUCCUUGGCCUGCCACGGGUUCUCCUCCCAGUGGGACGUGCAACCAGGACCUCCCUAGGGAAACGCUGGUGAGGCAUUCGCACGAGAUGCCCGAACCACCUAAGCUGGCUCCUUUCCAAGCGAAGGAGCAGCGGCUCUACUCCGAGUCUCUCUCAGGUGACUGAACUUCUCACCCUAUCUCUAAGGCAGAUGCCACCCACCCUUCUGAGAAAACUCAUUUCGGUCGCUUGUAUCCACGAUCUUACUCUUUCGGUCAUGACCCACACUUCAUGACCAUAGGUGAGAGUAGGAAUGUAGAUAGCUCGGUAGACCGAGAGCUUUGCCUUCUGGCUCAGCUCUGGUUUCGUCACAACAGUGCGGCAGAGAGACUGCAAUACUGCCCCAGCUGCUCCGACUCUCCGGCUGAUUUCCUUCUCCAUCUUUCCCUCACUCGUGAACAAGACCCCGAGAUACUUAAUCUCCUCCACCUGGGACAGAGUCUCGUUCUCUACCCGGACUGUACAAACCAUCGGUUUUCCUGCUGAGAACCAUGGUCUCAGAUUUGGAGAUGCUGAUCCUCAUUCCAGCCGCUGAACACUUGGCUGCGAACCGAUCCAGUGAGAGCUGAAGGUCACGAUCCGAAGGUGCCAUCAGUGACACAACCUUUAGCCCCCGAGACGUAGACCCUAUCCGCCAUGGUCACGACUCUGUCCAUGAAAGUCACUAACAGGAUAGGAUAGCUCAUUUAUUGCGUUGAAAAAAUGCGGAGACACACCACCAGCAGAAAUUAUUAAAAAACGAAACUCAGUUGACAGUAAAAAGUCGUUGUCGUGAUUGUUGGACAUGACUUUAAAGCCGACCUGGGCAAAUUAAAGCCCGAGGGCCACAUGCGGCCCGUUGAGCUUUUCAAUCUGGCCCGCCGGAGAUUCCCAAAUCAUCGUUUUAGAUCUUUAAGAUGGAAAGUGUAGCUGCCAUUAUGAUAUGUUUGCUAAUGACAGUAAGUCUUCAACUAUGCUAAGUAUUUUAAUACCUGGAAUCUGCAUGUUGGGCAGUACGGUGGUAGAGGGGUUAGUGCGUCUGCCUCACAAUACGAAGGACCUGGGUAGUCCUGGGUUCAACCCCGGGUUCGUGAUCUUUCAGUGUGGAGUUUGCAUGUUCUCCCCGUGACUGCGUGGGUUCCCUCCGGGUACUCCGGCUUCCUCCCACCUCCAAAGACAUGCAUCUGGGGAUAGGCUCCUCCCACCUCCAAAGACUUGCACCCGUGGAUAGGCUCCUCCCACCUCCCAAGACAUGCACUUGGGGAUAGGCCCCUCCCACCUCCCAAGACAGGCACCUGGGGAUUGGCCCCUCCCACAUCCAAAGACAUGCACCUGGGGAUAGGUUGAUUGGCAACACUAAAUUGGCCCUAGUGUGUGAAUGUUGUCUGUCUAUCUGUGUUGGCCCUGGGAUGAGGGGGCGACUUGUCCAGGGUGUACCGCGCCUUCUGCCCGAUUGUAGCUGAGAUAGGCAUCAGCAUCCCCCGCAACCCUGAAGGGAACAAGCGGUAGAAAUGGAUGGAUUCUGGGUUUCUCAUUCAGUAAAAAAAUGUCAAAUUCCAUUCCGUUUUUUAAAGCGGUCUGUCAUAACGUUUUUAGCUUUUAAUCAUUAUUGUGUGGUUUUGUAUUAGUGCUCCUAAAAAUAGAUAUACCAGCCCCCAGACACACUUUUUUAUUUAAAUAUUGCCCCCCGAGUAAAAUAAUUGCCCAGGCCUGCUUUAAAGCAUAACCAAGCAUGCAUCACUAUAGCUCUUGUCUCAAAGUAGGUGUACUGUCACCACCUGUCACAUCACUCCCUAACCCUUUUGGACUUUUUUACCGUUUUCCUGUGUGUAGUGUUUUAUUUCUUGUCUUGCGCUCCUAUUUUGGUGGCUUUUUCUCUUUUUUCUGUAUUUUCCUGUAGCAGUUUCAUGUAUUCCUUUGAGCGAUAUUUCCCGCAUCUACUUUGUUUUAGCAAUCAAGACUUUUUCAGUUGUUUUUAUCCUUCUUUGUGGGGACAUUGUUGGUUGUCAUGUCAUGUUCGGAUGUACUUUGUCUUUGCUCCACAAUAAGUCUUUGCUGUCGUCCA